UUAUUUUUAUUUUUUAUUUUUUAAGAUUUAAUCAUGUUGAAAAAUAAUGGGAAAAAGAUAACUAUCUCUAUAGCCAGCACAGCAUUUCUCUGCCUUCUGUUGGUCCUGGUUGCGGUGCAGCAUCACCGGGUUCAGGUGAAUGGGGGGCCGGGUGAGGAGGACACGGGGACGCGCUCUCUCCAGGGUCCGGACAGUGUCGCUGCGGACGGAGCGCAGGGGGACGCGCAGGUCAAGAAGGGAUUCUCCGCGUAUUUUACCAAACUGACCCGCGGGCGGAGAGAGGCGGACAGGCCCGCGCAGUCCUCGGUGUCCGCCACAGACGCGCCUCCAGCUGAGGACAUCAGCGCCAGUGACAUCUUCAUCGCCGUGAAGACCACCAAGAAGUUUCACCAGUCCAGGCUCAACCUCCUUCUGGAUACCUGGAUCUCAAGAAACAUGCAGCAGACUUACAUCUUCACCGAUGGAGAGGACGAGGAGCUGAAAAAGAAAAUUGGGAGUCAUGCUAUCAACACCAACUGUUCUGCGGCCCACAGCCGGCAAGCUCUAUCCUGCAAGAUGGCGGUGGAGUACGACAAGUUCAUCGAGUCUGGGAAAAAGUGGUUCUGUCACGUAGAUGAUGACAACUACGUGAACGUGCGCACUCUGGUGAAGCACCUGUCCCAGUACCCCCACACCCAGGACAUGUACAUCGGCAAACCCAGCCUGGACCGCCCCAUCGAGGCCACGGAGAGGCUGGGGGACAACAAGAUGAGACCAGUCAACUUCUGGUUUGCCACUGGAGGGGCAGGCUUCUGUGUGAGCCGCGGUCUAGCGUUGAAGAUGAGCCCGUGGGCCAGCGGUGGCCACUUCAUGAACACGGCAGAGAAGAUUCGCCUGCCCGACGACUGCACCAUCGGCUACAUCAUUGAGUCGGUGCUGGGGGUUCCUCUGACCCGCAGCAACCUCUUCCACUCCCACCUGGAGAACCUGCAACAGGUGUCCCGAUCUGAGAUUCACAAGCAGAUCACAUUGAGUUAUGGGAUGUUUGAAAACAAGAGGAAUAUCAUCAAUAUGAAAGGGGCUUUUCCUGUGGAGGAGGAUCCAUCACGGUUCAAGUCUGUGCACUGUCUGCUGUAUCCAGACACCCCAUGGUGCCCCCCUCAGGUUGCCUUUUAGGGCGACCGCUCCUUUCUUAUCCUCGUCCCCGUCAAGCCUCGGUAUCUGAAAGGCUCGCGGGGACCAGUGUUUGGUAUUAGACCACGUGGCUGCUGUAUUUUUGCUGCAGUGGCACAUGGUCUUUAAUGGUUUUACUGGGCUGCUGUGCGGCCCGCCUUGGGACACUUCCUUCCUGUCCGGUGCCUGGACCUCGUCCCGUGUGGCAGGGCAAGAGGAGCCAAGCUGCUGGCAGGAAGUCGCUUUCAGCAUUAAGCUUUGCAGGCAAUCAGUUGAAUUUUGUGAUGUAUAUGUUGCUUGUAAAUGUAUUUGCAAUUCUCAUAGAAUGUAUUGUCAUAUAUUCAAGCCUUUUUGCCAGCUUUACAUAGUCAUUUUGUUCAUUUCUGGUUGUUUCCUUUUCAAGAGCUCAAUUCAGGUCAGCCAUUCAGGUCUAUUUGUAUAGGCUUUCUUGGCUUUUUAUCACAAAUUGGCAUUUCCAGGAUUGUGGGAGAAUUAAGUUAUCUUUGGGCAUUUACGUUGUUUCUUUUGAUCUUUUAACUCAAAUGACUCCGGACAAAUUCUCUAAAUAUGAAGAUAUUUUUCUGCCUUUAAGUUAAAUGUAAGUGUCAGUGUUAUUACUCUCACAACUUGAGCUGGCAAUUGGCAGUUUUCCAAAUGCAUCCUUGGGAAAUCUAAUGUGAGGUAUUCCAGGACAAAGCACUUUUUCUUUUUGAUGUUUUAAAUGAACUGACUGAAUUUACGUCCAUUGGUGAAAUGCUUCAGAUCUGUGUCAACACCAACUAAUUCCCCCCCAGAAGUCAAUAUCUCUUCAUUUUAAUGUAUUUAAUAACGCUCCUUGCAUUUGUUACAAUCAGGGAAAAGUAAUAUUUGGCAGAGAUAUUGAUUUGGGGUUACAAUCGACUUUUGCCUUGCUUCAAAAAGUUUUUUUUCUUUGUUUGAAAAUUGCACAGCUGGGUUUCAAAUGAACUGAUGUUUGCUCUUGUAAAGAAACUCACCUCAAGAGGCUCAACAGUAGAGGAUUACUGACCUUUAUAUUAGAUGCCAUGUGAAGAGAACCCAAAACAACAAGUCCUGUUUGAAUCAAUGGCAUCUCAGUAAUAACCACAUGUGUAAUAUGAACCACAGUCUGCAAUAGUUUGCACAAGACAGACUGAUGAGCUUCCUGAUUGCUUUUGCUAUUAUCGACAUGAAUGUCCCUCAGUUCCACGUAAUACUGGAGAGUUUUAUUGCUGGUGGGAGCUUAACAAGAGCAACAUCUGUGUUUCACAGAGGCUUUCCACCUCUGUUUUCUCCGACCCACAUUGGGUAACUCUGUACAUUUGAUUACAGUAUUGUGUACUGUGCCUCUGUUUAAAUCUGUAGCAGCUGUAUAUCUUUAGAAUGUUAUUUCACCUUGAGGUUUACACAUGCUUUUUGUCGACCUCGACCGUGAUGUUGUACUGCUUUGAAUUGUGCUGAAUGACUGUGGAUUAUUCUCCAGUAUCUGGGGGAUUGACACAGUUCAUUCCAAUACUGGCUUCUCAGGGAUUAUGAUCUGAUCCUGGUAUUGUUACCGUGGGAACCACAGUGGGACCUGAACUUUUGAAUAAAACUGCAUAACCACUGAGAAACAUUA